UCAACUAUCAAAUUACAUUUUCCGACAAGACGCAAUGAAAUGUAGUACCAUUUCAUUUUCUCAUAGAUGUGAUUGAACCAUUUCCGUUGUUAAUUUUUGCUACAAUUUUAAAGUUUUGUUUCCAUUAAUUGAUUCGUAAAUAGACUUCAUUCAAAUCAAAAUAAUUUCGUGUUAAGUUAAGCUGACAAAAUAAUAAUAAAAAAAAAAAUCCGAACCGAUCUACCGCGUAGCAAUAUUGUGUCAACCAUUUUGUUUCUUCUAAAACUUUUGUUCUUUGAUGAAAAACCAUUCAAAGUGGUUCGAGACGCGAAACGUGAAUGAAACGCGAAUGAAAUGCGCACGCGUAUUUUACCCAAUUAUUGAAUGAAAAUUAGUGAAAAACGUUAGAAAAUAAUGGAUUUAGUGAAUGAAAAUGUUGAAAAUGUGUUUAAUGGAUGUAAAUGCAUAAGAAUCGUGCGAAUUUAGUGAAUUAACCAAGUCAUAAAUGUGAUUAAAUAAAGUUUUAAAAUGUGCUUGACCAACAAUAUUUUAACGAAAACGGAUAUUUGGAUUAAAUUUGUACUCAUCGCCGUUGUACUCUUUGGGAUUAUUGAUACAACAACAGGCUUUAUGUCAUGUUCACCAUCGCCUUGUCGGCAAGGCGGGUCCUGCAUAUCGAAACCUAAAGGAGAGUCGUAUUGCAAUUGCUCUUCGCGGUACGUUGGUGAAUUUUGCCAAUAUCCCAAUCCAUGCCACACUGGACCCGGUCCACGAUGUCAAAACGGCGGCACGUGUACGGUUAGCUUUAAAGAUGGCACACCGGUCUUUACAUGCUCCUGUCCCAUUGGUUUUACAGCAUCACUGUGCGAAAUACAUGAGAAAAAUGCAUGUGAUUCGUCACCGUGUCAGCACGGUGGUACGUGCAAUUUAAAAUCACUGGAACAAUACACGUGCUCUUGUGCCCAGGGUUAUACAGGAAAACAUUGUGAAAAACAAAAUCUUUGUGCAUCGUCGCCAUGUCGAAAUGGCGGCACCUGUACAUCAUUGCCGAUGGGAAAUUUCAAGUGCAGUUGCCCGAAGGGAUUCAAAGGUCCUACAUGUUCGGAAGAUGUGGAGGAAUGUCAGUCGAAUCCCUGUCGUCAUGGCGGUACUUGUUUGAACACUCAUGGAUCUUAUCAAUGUAUAUGCGACUCUGGUUAUACGGGAAGCAAUUGUGAAUCGAAAUACAUUCCCUGUUCACCGUCACCGUGUCUCAACGGAGGAACCUGUCGACAAUCAAACACAUUUUCGUAUGAAUGCAAAUGUCCUCCGGGAUUCCAAGGCACUAACUGCGAAGAGAACAUCGACGAUUGUCCGGGCAACCUGUGUCAAAACGGUGGCACCUGCAUCGAUGCUGUGAACGCUUACCGUUGCAAAUGUUCACCGAGUUACACCGGUGAGUUCUGCGAAAAUGAUGUGGACGAAUGUGCGAUGCGACCGGCCGUAUGCCAAAAUGGUGCCACCUGUACCAAUACCCACGGCAGUUAUUCGUGCAUAUGCGUCAACGGUUGGAACGGAUCCGAUUGCAGUCUGAAUAUUGACGAUUGCGUGGAUGCAGCUUGUUUCAACGGUGCCACCUGUAUCGAUGGUGUCGGAAGCUUCUAUUGUCGUUGCACGCCGGGCAAAACCGGACUAUUGUGUCAUUUGGAAGAUGCAUGCACAUCGAAUCCCUGUCACGCGGAUGCUAUUUGUGAUACCAGUCCGAUUAAUGGAUCGUUUGCCUGUUCGUGUGCGACUGGCUACAAGGGUAUCGAUUGUUCGGAAGAUAUUGAUGAAUGUAAUCAAGGAUCGCCGUGCGAACACAAUGGCAUCUGUGUUAAUACGCCCGGUUCGUUUGCGUGCAACUGUUCGCAAGGAUUCACUGGACCGCGUUGCGAAACGAAUGUGAACGAGUGCGAAAGUCAUCCGUGUCAGAAUGAUGGUAGCUGCUUGGAUGAUCCAGGAACCUUUAGAUGCGUAUGCAUGCCGGGAUUCACUGGUACACAGUGCGAAAUCAAUAUCAACGAAUGCGAACAGAAUCCCUGCCUAAACGGUGGAACGUGUCUGGACCUGAUAAAUGGCUUCAAAUGCACUUGUACAAUUGGAUUUACCGGAUCUCGCUGUCAGAUAAACAUAGACGACUGUCUAUCGCAACCAUGCCGAAAUAACGGAAUAUGUCACGACUCCAUAGCCGGAUAUACUUGCGAAUGUCCGCCAGGUUAUACAGGACUAUCAUGUGAGAUCAACAUAAAUGAUUGUCAAUCGUCGCCAUGCCAUCGUGGUACUUGCAUCGACGGCGACAAUUCAUUCACCUGCCAAUGCAGUCCCGGCUACACUGGAUACUUGUGCCAAACGCAAAUAAAUGAAUGUGAAUCCAAUCCCUGUCAAUUCGGAGGCCACUGUGAGGAUUUGAUUGAUGGUUACCGUUGUCGGUGUUCGCCAGGAACAUCUGGCCAGAAUUGCGAAGUGAAUGUAAACGAAUGUCACAGCAAUCCGUGCCGUAACGAGGCUACAUGCAUUGAUGGCAUCAAUCGGUAUACGUGUCAAUGUCUUCCCGGAUUCACUGGCAUUCACUGCGAAAUAAAUAUCAACGAAUGUGCAUCGGAUCCGUGUGCAAAUGGUGGAGUAUGUAUGGAUUUGGUGAAUGGUUACAAAUGUGAAUGUCCACGCGGUUAUUACGACGCUCGCUGUCUGAGCGAUGUUGAUGAAUGCGCGUCGAAUCCAUGUAUCAACGGUGGCCGAUGUGAAGAUGGUGUCAAUCAAUUCAUCUGCAAUUGUCCACCUGGCUACGGCGGGAAGCGAUGUGAACACGACAUUGAUGAGUGUGGAUCGAAUCCUUGUCAGCAUGGUGGUCUUUGCCGUGACGGUCUAAAUUCAUACACCUGUACAUGUAUGCCCGGCUACACUGGAAUCAACUGUGAAACGAACAUUGACGAUUGCGUGCACAAUCCAUGCAGUAACGGUGGAUCGUGUAUUGACUUAGUAAAUGGCUACAAAUGCGUUUGUCGUGUUCCAUUUACCGGACGUGAUUGCGAAUCGAAAAUGGAUCCAUGUCAACCGAAUCGCUGUUACAAUGGAGCUAAAUGUACGCCGAGCUCAAAUUACUUGGACUUUUCGUGUACUUGUUCGCUUGGAUACACAGGACGAUUGUGUAAUGAAGACAUCAACGAAUGUGCGCUGUCUUCACCGUGCCGAAAUGGUGCCACUUGUCGUAAUGUUCCAGGGUUCUAUCAGUGUAUUUGUGCUAAGGGAUAUGAAGGUCGUGACUGUACAGUAAACACGGAUGACUGCGCCUCUUUCCCAUGCCAGAAUGGUGGUACGUGUCUAGAUGGGAUCGGCGAUUACACGUGCUUAUGUGUUGAUGGAUUUGAAGGAAAACAUUGUGAGGUGGACAUCAACGAAUGCCUUUCGAUGCCGUGUCAAAACAGUGCCACAUGCAACCAGUACGUUAAUUCCUACACGUGCACAUGUCCACUUGGAUUCUCCGGAAUAAAUUGCCAGACAAACGACGAGGAUUGUACGGAAAGUUCGUGUAUGAACGGAGGGACCUGCAUCGAUGGCAUUAAUAGUUACAAUUGCUCAUGUCGUCCCGGAUUUAACGGUCUCAAUUGCCAAUACAAAAUAAAUAAAUGUGACUCGCAGCCUUGUCGUAAUGGAGCCACGUGCCAUGAUCUAGGAAACGACUACUCUUGCCACUGCUCGUACGGAUACAGCGGUAAACAAUGUAUGGAAUAUGUGGAUUGGUGUUCGCAACGGCCAUGCGAAAAUGGGGCCACUUGUGUUCAACGCGAAAACGUUUAUCAAUGCUUGUGCGCAAGUGGAUGGACUGGAAAAUUGUGUGACGUCGAAAUGGUUUCGUGCAAAGAUGCAGCUAUUCGCAAAGGUGUCAGUCCGAAAGAUUUGUGUGGAAACGGAACUUGCGAAGACUUUGGAAAUUCGCAUCGCUGCCACUGCGAACAGGGUUACACCGGAUCGUAUUGUCAGAAAGAAAUAAACGAAUGCGAAUCGGCACCAUGCCAGAAUGGAGGCAAUUGUAAAGACAAAGUCGGAUCGUAUCAGUGCAUUUGCAAGCAAGGUUUCCAGGGUCAAAAUUGUGAAUUAAACAUUGAUGACUGUAAGCCCAAUCCGUGUCAAAAUGGAGGAACGUGUCACGAUUUAGUUGCUAGUUUUAUGUGUUCGUGCCCGCCUGGAACGUUGGGAAUCAUUUGUGAUAUUAACCAAGACGAUUGUGUCCCAGAUGCUUGUCAUAAUAACGGUACGUGUUUGGAUCGAGUUGGCUCAUUCGAAUGUAUAUGUCCACCAGGAUUUGUUGGUUCUAGAUGUGAGGGCGAUAUCAACGAAUGUCUGUCGAACCCUUGUUCGAAUCCCGGAACCCUAGACUGUGUACAAUUGGUUAAUGAUUACCAUUGCAACUGUAAACCAGGACAUAUGGGACGCCAUUGUGAAGUGAAAGUAGACUUCUGUGCCACUUCGCCUUGUCAGAACGGUGGAAUUUGUUCUACGAGGCAGUCCGGUCAUCAUUGCCUAUGUUCGGAUGGAUUUUUCGGAAAGAAUUGCGAAUUUUCUGGUCUAGACUGUGACUCGAAUCCCUGCUUAAAUGGUAAAUGUGUAAUUGCUGAUGGUGGUGGUUAUCGAUGCGAAUGCCCAUUCGGCACUGGUGGAGUUAACUGUGAACUGGACACCGUCGAUGAGUGCCAGCCGAAUCCAUGUUAUCGUGGAGCUGCUUGUGAAAACAAGUUGGGUGACUUUGAGUGCUUCUGUCCGGAAAAGUGGUCUGGAAAGACUUGUCACACAUAUGAUCCGACAUAUCGUGGUUGGCCUGAUCGGAUUAAAAAUACCGUUGACACGGUAUACUCAAUCGAUUUGGAAUAUCAAAAGGAACAGUGUGUCAAACGUGGUUGCAUUGAAAAGAAAGGCAAUCGGAAGUGCGAAGAGGAAUGCAACACGUACGCCUGCAACUUUGAUGGCGGUGACUGUUCAUUGGGUAUUAAUCCGUGGAUUAACUGUACCGCAUCGAUAAACUGUUGGGAAGUGUUUGGCGACGGUGUCUGUAAUGAGGAGUGCAACAAUCAACCAUGCCUGUUUGACGGACGAGAUUGCCAAAAGAAAUUGCUGCCAUGUAACCCAAUAUACGAUGCGUACUGUCAGGAACAUUAUGCUAAUGGUCGUUGCGACUACGGCUGUAAUAAUGCUGAAUGUAAUUGGGAUGGAUUGGAUUGUGAGACUCAACAGCCACAGUUAGCCGAAGGUGUGAUUUCAGUCAUUGUUCUCAUGGACAUGAUGCAAUUCCGUGAAAAUGUAGUUCCAUUCUUGAGAGAUAUGGGUCAUCAACUAAGAACGACUCUGCGAAUAAAGAAGGACAACCAAGGCAAAGACAUGAUUUUCUAUUGGGACAAAAAGUCGGAGAUCACUGGCCUACAAAAUUCUGCGUUCGGUCGUAAACACAACAUUGCUUACUCGGAUAGAGUUGAUCAAUCUGGCGUUCAAGUAUUCAUGGAAAUCGACAAUCGAAAAUGUACAGUUAUGUCCGGUUCAGAAUGUUUUUCAUCAGCUCAGGAUGCAGCCGGUUUCUUAGGCGCAAUCGCUUCAAAACAUACGAUGUCUAAAUCGUUCCCUAUUCUACAAGUUCGAGGAGUUGCUGAAUCAGACACUGGGGAAACAUCUCCGACCAAUGCAAAGUACGUUGCACUUGGAGCGAUAAUUGUCUUCUUGUCUUGCUUCUUGUUGGGUGUACUGAUAACGGCACAACGAAAACGCGCUCAUGGUGUGACAUGGUUCCCGGAAGGCUUUUUCACCACUACAACUGGACCGCGUAGGCAUUCACGACGUCGUGGACCUGAUGGUCAGGAAAUGCGAAAUCUAAAUAAAAACAACUCAAUGGCCUGUAUGGACGACGUCAAUAUGAAUUCCAAUCAUAUGACUCAUUCUCAGCAAUGGUCGGACGAUGAAUCGGAAAUGCCUCAACCGAAACGUUUAAGAAUCUGUGAUCAAGGAUAUUCAAGCGAUCACACAGCUGUUACAGAAUAUGAAGAGGCCGAACCACGACUCUGGUCACAACAACAUAUGGAAGGCGGUGAUAUUCGUAUUCCACCAUCUAUUAUGACUCCGCCAUCACACAACGAUGGCAUUGAUGCUCGAGGACUGUUAGGCACAACACCAUUAAUGGAGGCCGCCAUUCGUGGAGCAGGUAUUGAUUCGAGUGAAGAUAUCGAUUCAACGGAUGACCUAAAUGGACAAAAAAUUUCCGAAUUAUUGGCUCAAGGUGCUGACUUAAACGCUACGAUGGAGAAAACUGGUGAGACUUGUUUACAUUUAGCUGCCAGAUUUGCUCGAGCUGACGCAGCGAAACGAUUACUUGAUGCCGGUGCUGACGUAAACAUGCAAGACAAUACAGGACGAACACCACUUCAUGCAGCCGUAGCUGCUGAUGCUAGAGGUGUAUUCCAAAUAUUAUUAAGAAAUCGAGCGACUAAUUUAAAUGCUCGCAUGGCUGAUGGUACAACACCGUUAAUAUUGGCUACUCGAUUAGCAAUAGAAGGCAUGGUAGAGGAUUUGAUCACAGCCGAUGCUGACAUAAAUGCAGCUGAUUCAUCUGGAAAAACAGCAUUGCAUUGGGCAGCUGCCGUAAAUAAUGUUGAUGCAGUUAAUACACUGCUAAUGCAUCAUGCUAAUCGUGAUGCACAAGAUGAUAAAGACGAGACGCCACUGUUCCUUGCAGCUCGUGAAGGUUCCUCCGAGGCAUGCAAAGCAUUACUGGAUAAUUUCGCAAAUAGAGAAAUUACCGAUCAUAUGGAUCUACUACCGAAGAACGUAGCCAGCGAACGUUUGCAUUACGACAUUGUUCGAUUGCUAGAGGAACAUGUUCCGCGCAACCCGCAAGUAGUGACUGUGAUUCCAAACUCAAUUAUUAGUUCGCCAAGUCAUUCGCAACUUAUCACACAUCCGACGGUUAUUGCGUCGACUAAACAGAAGCAAAAGAAGCGUCAGAAAGCCGCUGCAAAUAAUAAUCCAAAUAGUCCAGACAAUGACAGCAGUCUGCGACGCAAAGCCAGUACGAAGAAGAAUUCGAAGAAAAAUGGCCAAGUAUUGCCCGAUGUUCAGCUGUCUGAUGGUGCUCUAAGUUCGGUAGAAUCACCGCUAACCAGUCUUCCCAGUCCAUAUGAUACUGCCAGUUUGUACUCGAAUGCAAUGGCUGCCCAUCAUAAUAUUGAAAUAGUUCCAGCCAAACAGCCUCCUAGCUACGAAGAUUGUAUUAAGAGCGCACAUUCGAUCCAAUCGCUGCACAAUAUCAACUUUGAUAACUACGGUUACACAAUGGGUUCGCCAUUCCAAGAUCUCAUGAGUGCUCAACGGAGUACCCCCGGAACACACAUUGGUGAUCAAGGCUUGAGUCCUCCAUACUCAAACCAAUCUCCACCACACUCAGUCCAAAGUAACAUUGCACUGUCUCCGCAAGGAUAUAUUGGCUCUCCAUCACCAGCAAAAUCGCGACUCACAUCACCGACCCAUAUGCAGGCGAUGCGACACGCGACCCAUCAAAAACACGGACAACAGAGUCAUAUGGUGCCUGCAAAUUCGACACAACAAAUGAACUCGGUGCCGCAGAAUCAGCAACAGCAGCAAAAACAAACGCAACAGUCACAACAGCAAUCGCCUCAACAUAUCGACGAUAAGAACUGCUUUUACACGCUGUCUCAACAGCAACAGCAAUCGCAGCACGGUGGUACAAAUAGUGCAAUAUUGCCUUCAUUACAAAUGGGAUUCGAGUUCAAUUCGGCACUAGAUAUGCCCAACUUUUGCAACACAACCGGUCAACAUCAUCCACAAAAUUCCACAAACGGCAUCUCAACGUCAACGGCCCAGUCAUCCAACAAUGCAAUCCAUUCGCCGAAAUUCUAUCAAUAUUUAACGCCACCCAGCCAGCAUUCGGGCGGCGUAACGCCACAACACUUGGUACAAACAUUAGAUAGCUAUCCAACACCGUCGCCCGAAUCACCGGGACAUUGGUCCAGUUCGUCGCCACAUUCGAAUUCGGAUUGGUCGGAGGGCAUCCAUUCGCCGGCGAAUACAGUUUAUGUGACCGGCGGCCAUCAAUCGAAUAAGGGUUCGGAGGCGAUUUAUAUUUGAGAAAAGGAUUGAGUGUAUUUGUGGCUCGUGACUAAGUAUGUGCGCGAGAGGAGAGGGAGAUGUACAAAAUGAAGACAAUUUAGCACAUUCAAAGUGUCCCUGAACAAACAAACAAAUUUUGAAUGUUUGUGUUUAUAAGUGAUGUUUUACAAUAAGGUUCUAGUUCGGUAAGAUUAGUUUGUCGUAACAAUUUUUUUUUUGUAAUUUAAUUUAUGACGACCGAUGAUGCAAGGAGGAGACGAGUAACGUCAGUAUAAAAAGUGACUUAGUGCAGCGUUACAA